AUGGAGUGCGGCAUGCGCGGCACAAGGGAAGGCAACGAUAGUGAUCCCAGAGGGAGCAUACCUGCUCGGUCCAACAAUCUUCAAAGGGCCAUGCAAAGGCAUAAUGGUGAUGCAAGUGAAAGGGUGGUGGAAGAUUCAACGGACAAGGAGCUUCUGCAUGGCCUUACAACCAAUGCAAAAAGACAAAUGAUUGCAAACCCUUACCCAUGUUUCGUCACGAACGCAACCAUCAAAAGCAUUUCUUCUAUCGACAGCAAGUUCUUCCACAUUCAUGUCUUUGAAUCAAGAAACAUUAUCUUUGAUUCCAUCAAGAUCAGUGCUCCUCAAGAUAGCCCCAACACCGAUGGCAUUCACAUCGCCGACUCGACCAAUAUCCAGGUUGCCAAUUCGGUCAUCGGCACCGGUGAUGACUGCAUCUCCAUCGGCCCGGGCUGCACCAAUUUGACCAUCUUUAAGGUGUUAUGCGGCCCAGGCCAUGGCAUCAGCGUCGGUAGUCUCGGCAAAAAUGCUGGUGAGAAAGAUGUAAUCGGGCUGAACGUGAGUAACUGCAAUCUUACCGGUACAACAAAUGGAUUGAGGAUCAAGACAUUUCAAUCUUCUCCAUCUAGGUUGAAGGCCACUGAUUUCGUCUUUGAACACAUCAUCAUGAAUAAUGUCUAUAACCCCAUCAUCAUAAAUCAGAAUUAUUGCCCAUCUGCUAACUGUCCCAAAAAGGAUCCUUCUCUAGUUAAGAUCAAGAAUAUCAAGUACAGAAAUAUCGUGGGGACCUUUCUCUCGCCAGUAGCUUAUAAUCUAGUGUGCAGCGAGGUUGCUCCAUGUGAGGGCGUGGAGCUCAGUGACAUCAGCUUGAAGUACAACGGCAACGAAAAGCAACCCAAAAAUGCUUCUAUUUGUGUUCAUGUCUUUGGUAGCUCCAAUGGCAAUGUGAAACCUGACCCGUGCAUCUGA